AUGAAUCUGGUGCUGUCCAGGUAAGUUUAAUUGCAGAACAGACAUUUCCACACCUUGAAUGGGGCCCACUCUAUUAACAGAGGGCACUACACACUUUGUAGAUAUUCCUAAUGGCAUUGACCCUAAAAUCCAGUCUUCAGGGCCACCCAAACAAUACACCCCCUGCUUGAGCACAGGUGAGACAGGAGACUGUCACUAGUGCAGUGUUUUGAGGACUUAAAUGGUCAGUGAGUGAGGGUCAGUGUCCUUCUCUAAGCAGACCAUAACAGGCUGCUGAAAGUGAUCCAAACAGUUAGACAAACCAACUGCUGUCUGUAGAAUAUGUUGGGGCGGAAACACGGCAGCUCGCACAGGGGGGAACACGGCAGCUCGCACAGGGGGGAACACGGCAGCUCGCACAGGGGGGAAUACGGCAGCUCGCACAGGAGGGAAUACGGCAGCUCGCACAGGGGGGAACACGGCAGCUCGCACAGGAGGGAACACGGCAGCUCGCACAGGAGGGAACACGGCAGCUCGCACAGGAGGGAACACGGCAGCUCGCACAGGAGGGAACUCGGCAGAUCACGCGGGGGGAGGGGGAGGGCGCACGGAAGAUCACGCUGGGGGGCACGGCAGAUCACACAGGAGGGAACACAGCAGCUCACACAGGAGGGAACACGGCAGAUCACGCGGGGGGUGGGGGGCGCACGGAAGAUCACGCUGGGGGGCCGGCAGAUCACGCUGGGGACACAGCAGAUCAUGGGGGCUAGGGGGGAAGAGGGGAACACGGCAGAUCCCGCUUGGUGGGGGAGGGAGGACAUGGCCGAUCCUGCUGAGGGGGACAGGAGGACACUGCAGAUCCCGAACAGGACAGAUCAUGCGAUGGGGGGGAGGGGGGAGCAUGGCAGAUCAUGCUGGGAGAGACACACGCCAAAUCACGCUGGGGGGAACACGGCAGCUCACAAUGGGGUGGGGGGGGGACAUUGAGUAAAUCCAAAAUGUCUUUUGCGCUAAACAGGCCCUGUCACCUUUCAGAGUCCCAAGUAUUAAUCAUUACAAUAUAUCAAAUAACCGUUUUGCAUUUUUCCCCUGAUCGACUCUCCUGCGCACCAGGCUUGAAAUCUAGAAGUGUCUGGUUAAUUAAUCUAAUGCAGAUAGGGUGAUGCAGAUAUCCCUAAAAUGGAAGUGUAAGCCAUACGUGUGUUGAAUGGAUUUUCUAUUAGGGAGCUCUGAAUCGUGCAUUUUCUUUACAAUGUGUUAUAUGUUUUGAUUCUAGUAGUGAAGUUGUGACAUAUUUUGGCUUUCUUUUAAAAAAAAAAUUAUUUUAUAGAAUCUGUGUCGGUUUCUAUGAUUUUUCUUUUCUUUCUUUCUCUAUAGAGAUGCUCAGGUUAAAAUUAUGGAAAACACGGUGACAAAUGCAGAGAAAUACUUUGGCCAGUUCUGUACGGCGAUGGCAUCCUACACCCGUAAGACGGCCAAACUGAGAGACAAGGCAGACAUGUUGGUAAAACAGCUGAUUGAUUUUGCCAACACAGAGAACCCAGAACUGAGAACAGCUCUGAAAAACAUGGGAGAAGAGCUUGCCAAAGUGCAAGACUACAGACACGCACAGGUAAUAAGACGUUCCAUCCUCCAAUCACAAAUACUUUCUUUUCUAGAGUACUGGGCAGCUCUCUAAUACCCUCCUUUUGGAAUAUGAUAAAGAGUCUGCUCAAUCUGUGAUCUGGUGGCAAGCAAAACUUACAUUCUAUGAAGACUAUCUAAACAAUCGCUUUGUUAUGAGCACUCCAACUUAAAGGGACACUGUAGUCACCAAAACAACUUUCACUUAAUGAACCAGUUUUUGUGUAUAGAUCAUGCCUCUAAAGUUUCACAUAGAAACAUAGAAUGUGACGGCAGAUAAGAACCAUUCGGCCCAUCUAGUCUGCCCAAUUUUCUAAAUACUCUCAUUAGUCCCUGGCCUUAUCUUAUAGUUAGGAUAGCCUUAUGCCUAUCCCAUGCAUGCUUAAACUCCUUUACUGUCUUAACCGCUGACACUUCAGCUGGAAGGCUAUUCCAUGCAUCCACUACCCUCUCAGUAAAGUAACACUACCUGAUUUUAAUUUCACUGCUCAAUUCUCUGCCAUUUAGGAGUUAAAUCCCUUUGUUUCAGUUUAUGCAGCCCUAGUCACACCUCCCCUGGCUGUGACUGUCACAGCCUGCAUGAAAACAAAAUGGUUUCAGUUUCAAUGUAACUUACUUAAAGGUGUUUAUCUCCUGCUCGGUAUAUUUAACUUUAAAUACAGACAGGAGGCUCCUGCAUGGAUCUUGCAAGUAAGUAACAGAGCAGGAGAUAAUAUAUUCUAAAUUAAACAGAAUUUGCAAUAAAUGAAGUGUAAACAUUAGAUGACUCUUUACAGGAAGUGCUUAGGAAAACGUGUAAGUCCUGUGCAGGGAGGUGUCCCUAGAGCUGCAUAAACAAAGUGAUUUAACUCCUAAAUGGCAGAGAAUUGAGCAGUGAGCAUGAUCUAUACACCAAAACUGCUUCAUUAAGCUAAAGCUGUUUUGGUGACUAUAGUGUACCUUUAAAGAGUUGGGUAAUGUCAAUAUGUUCUAUCUUCUAUUUGAUGAGGAUUUUUCAGUUGAUUAAAUUGAUGUUUACAUUUUUUUGCCAGUGAUUACUGUUGCAGAGUCAUUUAGGUUUUAAUAAAAACUAAACUUGCUGUUGGAGGAUUUGAUUUAUAUUUAAUGCUCUAUUUAUAAAAUACUAUUGGUAAAAGAGAUUCUCCCUUAUUGGCCACCAUGAAAAGACUUUUAUACGGUGCAAGAAAAUUGUGCACGAAAACCAUUCUGAGCUCUGCUUUGAAGCAUCUUGUGAUUUUCUUGAGUGAUCUACUGGCUGACCAGUGAGGACGUAGUAAAUUGUCACAUUGUAUCCUACGAACAGAAAACCUAUAAAAUGGAACCUUCCAUCGCCAUGGUAAUUGUUUUACUAAAACACCACUAACUCUGCAAUGGUAAAUGCAAGCAAAAAUAUAUAAAACAUUCAACAUUGAUUUAAUUAACAGAAGAGGACCUAUGGAAUAUACAGUUACAUGUUUUGACACUUCCUCUUUGAGUUGAUGCAUACCAGACACACUGAUCUGUAAAAUAAAAGGCCGUUGGUAUAUGCACAAUGGUCCGUCUAUACUGCUAAAAGAUGGGUUAGACAGUUGCUGAGUAAGAGAACCUUUACGCGCAUACUGUGUUUAACAGGAAAUAUGAAUCUUGUCAGCUGUUGUUGGAGUUGGAAUCCCAGAGUGCUCGGCAUCUCACAUUCGGGAGCAAUGCUCUAAAGUAAACCCCUGCUGAUAAGAGGUGGUGAGCACAUGGGUACUGAUACCAAUAGUUUCAAAUAAUUAUAUGAAACAAAUAAAAUUGGCAAUAACUAGUCCAUUACCACCCUAGCCAGUUGUGGAAUUGCAACAGUGGCCAAAAUGGGCCAGAUACUAAGCUUAUUUGUAAACCCAAAAAACAGUAAUAUAACACCACAAUAUCAGUGAAAAGUAGUAAAAAUAACUUGGCUUAGUAAUCAAAAUGUAGCCUCCCAAGAUCGCUACCCACAAAGAACGACCUUCACGAUAUACAGAAUACCAGAAAACAGAACAUUCGGGAUACAGCUAAGUGAAUCUAAAAAAGGAACAUAAACAAAAAAAAAUAGUGUGCUACAGUAUGCACAAUAAAUCAUGCGCGAUAUAAAAAUGCACUCACAAGCUGACGUAGAGUUAAGCGCCCAUAGGGUGCCUCCCCCGAUGAUGUGGGGGGCUAGUAAUCCCCUUCUCACUGCAGGAUAACCAAUGGUACACAGGACUUCAGAUGGAUAAGUGUAAAAAAAUCAGCUCUUUUAUUAUUUUUAAAAAGGUGAAUAAUCACCAAUCCGCAUAGGAUAAAAAAGAAGAAAGCGUAGGAUAAAGAUAGCUUAUUUGCACAAACAAUGCCAAAUAACAGUUGCAAACAACUGUUUUGUUUUUUUAUAUAUAUAUAUAUAUUUUUUUUUUUUGGGAGGAGUGGGGAUUAAAAACCAGGAACCAAUUUAUUUAUAUAGUUAUUAUUUCAGAACAGGCCAAGGAAAAUGCAUUAGAGUAUAUUUGACACCAAACCAUUUUGACAUGUCACUUCCCAGAAUCCCUACAAUGUUCAGUGCUAAAACGGCGACCGUAGUGUUACAGUAACUGUGCUAAAAUAUUGCCAUCCUCUCCGUUUUAUACAAUGUAACAUCUCCCGCACUUGCAAAUGAGCACUGCAUUACGGAAAAGCGCGCAUGCAGAUAGAGGUUGUGAUUGGUAGCUGCAGGGAAAGGUCGGUUUUGAUUGAUGCCCUCAAUGUUUAGAAAUAUUUGCUGCGGGCCCAGUACAGUUUUUGUUGAAAGGUUACGUUUAUCAUGCAGCUGCAGGAUUAAAGCGCACUACAAGCAUGACUUAUGGAUAAAAGGAAACUACCACAACCACGUCUUCAAAGGCAAUUUCAAUAUCACAGGAAAGGUCGAACAAACAGCGAUGUAUAGGGAAGUCAAUUACUCCAGCAUUCAGAUCUCUUCUCCUGCCUGCUUUCCCUGGCUCUCUCUCAUUUCCAUAUUCAUAGCUACUUAAUCCUCAAAGCAAUAAUCUGCAUGUAACGAUUUUCAUCUUCUGCCUGUGGAAGGGCUGACCUUUGCCGAGUAAUUUGAAACGUAGAACAGUGUUAAUGAAUUGGGCAGCCCUGGCAGUUAAAUGAUUGCACUGUAGGAGGGGAAAAAAAUUCAAAGGGGAGGCGAAAAAUGUCUCAGAGCCUUUUAAUUAGGGUAUUUUUUUUUCCUGGGAAAAAAGAGAUUGCUGCUGAGAUAAUUGUUUAUACAUUAAUUACUGCUACUAUUUGCCUUGGGAAUCUAGAACGUUUGGGCGGAGGAGUCCAUAAUGUAUAUUUUAUUGAAAUUUUGCACCCAUUAGGAUAGAGAUGCAAGUGUUACUUAUACAGCUUUAGCACAACCGAAUCACAAACUAAAAGUUUAAAAAAUCUAGAAUCUUUAUAGUUUAUUUUCAUUUACAUAUACAAAAAAACAAGUCCCAUCACUCUUGGGCAGCAGCAACGACCACAGUACAUAUCAGCCCCAAUACAUACAGUAAAAACAUGGCAAAGUAUGUAAAUUCGUUAACUCCUACAUAAUCUCCAAUGUUAGUUUCUCCUUCAUAUAGGUGACUGUCAAUGUUUUAUUCUCAAUGGUGUAAUCUCCAGAGAAGUGACUGUUCACCUUUCACAUGUGAUAAGUUACAGGCUUACUACACCUUCACCAGAACUGGCUAUAGAUGCGCACAAGGCCAUGUGAUUUGUUUAUAACAUGCUUUCAUAUAUAACGUCUGUUUUCAAAUGGGAAAAGAUGGGUAAAAACCUCUUCUGGAGGAAAGAUUGAUUGCUUCUGUACAAGAGCAGCACAUUUCGAUAUCUGGGGAUUUGAAAAGGCAAUAAAUCUGUAUAUUUUUGUCUAUGAAUGUAUAUAAAAAAGGGAGUAUUGCAAUAUGAAUAUCCCUUUAUUUUACAUACCACUGCUUCCAAUAUUUCACACCUACUGAGGGUCUCCGAUUAAGUGUAAAAAUAUCAAAAAAACAAUGCCCUUAAAAGGGAUUCCUUUGCUUUAGGGUCAAAAGGUUUACUGGGGUUGUAUGUGAAAUAAGCUUUGUUUCUCGUGAUUUUUUUCCUGCCCUUGUAACCGCAGCCGGUUCCCCUAUUUACCACUAUAACAUUUUGCAUAUGCCAAUAACACCCUUCCUUCUAUGGAGCAACCACUUUUUUAAAAUUAUUAUUAAAAUAAAAGAACUAAACCGUAUGGCCUGCUCUUGUUUGUUCAUGUGAAGCUCAUCGCCCUCACUUGUUGUACAAACAAUCCUGGUCUGUGGCUGUGAAUCCUGAUCUCUUGUGUAUUCUCGAUCAUAUUUACUGAUGCCUCUAACAGAAUAAGAUCUGUAUGGAGAAUGCUGUAUGAGUGCAUGCGCGCUUCUUUCCGAGUUGACGUAUAUGCACACAGUCAUGAUACCAUGAGGAUGUGAUACAUUUACUGUGUUUACUGUGGCUGUUCCAGGACAGUCUACCAUAUGAUGCAAUUAUAACUAGCUAAAAUGAUACUGUAAUUGUAGGUAGAAAGGCUGGAAACAAAGGUGGUGACCCCAAUGAAACGAUAUGGAUCUGUAAUAAAAGAAACACGGGUAAGUGAACUAUGAUGCCAUAUAUUAUAACUGCCUAAAUUUACAUUUGAACCUAUAGUGUGUCCCAGCAUGCUAUCCUUACCCUGCUCUGUCUGAUAGUGACCUGUGUUGGGAUCCCUGCUCAGUGUGAUUUAGGCCUGUGUGGUUUCCCUGCUCUGCUAGUCUUCUUCUUAUGGUCUGUGAAGUAUCUCUACCAUUCUCGGGCUGAUUGAGGCAGGUAUCUCUACCCUUCUUGGGCUGAUUGAGGCAUGGGAGGUAUCUCUACCCUUCUCAGGCUGAUUGAGGCAUGGGAGGCAUCUCUACCCUUCUCAGGCUGAUUGAGGCAUGGGAGGUAUCUCUACCCUUCUCAGGCUGAUUGAGGCAUGGGAGGUAUCUCUACCCUUCUCAGGCUGAUUGAGGAAUGGGAGGCAUCUCUACCCUUCUCAGGCUGAUUGAGGCAUGGGAGGUAUCUCUACCCUUCUCAGGCUGAUUGAGGCAUGGGAGGCAUCUCUACCCUUCUCAGGCUGAUUGAGGCAUGGGAGGUAUCUCUACCCUUCUCAGGCUGAUUGAGGCAUGGGAGGUAUCUCUACCCUUCUCAGGCUGAUUGAGGCAUGGGAGGUCUCUACCCUUCUCAGGCUGAUUGAGGCAUGGGAGGUAUCUCUACCCUUCUCGGGCUGAUUGAGGCAUGGGAGGUAUCUCUACCCUUCUCAGGCUGAUUGAGGCAUGGGAGGCAUCUCUAUCCUUCUCAGGCUGAUUGAGGCAUGGGAGGUAUCUCUACCCUUCUCAGGCUGAUUGAGGCAUGGGAGGCAUCUCUAUCCUUCUCAGGCUGAUUGAGGCAUGGGAGGUAUCUCUACCCUUCUCAGGCUGAUUGAGACAUGUCAGGUAUCUCUACCCUUCUCAGGCUGAUUGAGGCAUGUCAGGUAUCUCUACCCUUCUCAGGCUGAUUGAGGCAUGGGAGGUAUCUCUACCCUUCUCAGGCUGAUUGAGGCAUGGGAGGUAUCUCUACCCUUCUCAGGCUGAUUGAGGCAUGGGAGGCAUCUCUAUCCUUCUCAGGCUGAUUGAGGCAUGGGAGGUAUCUCUACCCUUCUCAGGCUGAUUGAGGCAUGGGAGGCAUCUCUAUCCUUCUCAGGCUGAUUGAGGCAUGGGAGGUAUCUCUACCCUUCUCGGGCUGAUUGAGGCAUGGGUGGUAUCUCUACCCUUCUUGGGCUGAUUGAGGCAUGGGUGGUAUCUCUACCCUUCUUGGGCUGAUUGAGGCAUGGGUGGUAUCUCUACCCUUCUUGGGCUAAUUGAGGCAUGGGAGGUAUCGCUACCCUUCUCGGGCUGAUUGAGGCAUGUCAGGUAUCUCUACCCUUCUCAGGCUGAUUGAGGCAUGGGAGGUAUCUCUACCCUUCUCAGGCUGAUUGAGGCAUGGGAGGUAUCUCUACCCUUCUCGGGCUGAUUGAGGCAUUGGAGGUAUCUCUACCCUUCUCGGGCUGAUUUAGGCAUGGGAGGGAUCUCUACCCUUCUCGUGCUGAUUGAGGCAUGGGAGGUAUCUCUACCCUUCUCGAGCUGACUGAGGCAUGGGAGGUAUCUCCACCCUUCUCGGGCUGAUUGAGGCAUGGGAGGUAUCUCUACCCUUCUCAGGCUGAUUGAGGCAUUGGAGGUAUCUCUACCCUUCUCAGGCUGAUUGAGGCAUGGGAGGUAUCUCUACCCUUCUCAGGCUGAUUGAGGCAUGGGAGGUAUUUCUGCUAUGUCUGAGGCCUGUGAGACAUGCCUGCGUUCAUUAUAUAUCCUAAUAUAACCCUGUGAGUUGUCUUUGUUUCCAGUUUUGUCACCCUUAAUUUAUAUCUGAGCCUGACUAAAAUCGACAAUCUCCCUUUAUUUCCUCAACAGGCAGAAAUUAAGAAGUUCAACUCUGUCAGAAACAAGGAGAUUAAGGAGCUGGAAAAGCUGGAGCGGCUACGACACCGGGCACCUUCAGACCGGCAAAUGAUUGUAUCCUUAACUCUUAAUACAAGCAUUGAUUGUUUAAUCACAGCCAAUCUGCAAGUACAAGAACAUUCCACACACACAUAAAGGACUUCCACUUCUUGACACUAUGUGUCUGGAGUCUGUUAUAUUUGUGACCUUUUUAUAAAAGUGAUGAUUUUAGCACAAGAUGGCAAUUGGACAGUCAGGGAGGUUUUAUUGUGCUUCCAUUAGCUGCACAGAAGAGCCGCAAUCAUCUAUGCACAUGUGCUUGUAGCUCCAGCACAGGAGCUUCCCGAUGACAAGUCUCUGAUUGGAGUAUUCCCUGGCACAAACUGACAGUCUGUGCCAGGGAGCGAGGGGAUGGUUUGUAAAGCUGCAGACAUGACGGUGUAUGACAUGUAUUUGUUGAGGAGAUGUUAACAGUUGUUUCAUUUUAAAUUGAUAAGUAGGGGAUCUUAAAAGGCAUUGUAGGCCCUAAGGGGAAAAUACAGAAGAAAUUAAAAGUAUUCUUCAAAUUGGCUUUUUUUUCCCCAAUUUUUUCUAAUUCUCUUUUUAGCCAGUGGUCAAUUGUCCAUCGUUGCCAGCUUAGGGAGUAUACUAUGCAGUGUUGUAUAACUAACAGCAAGAUAUAUUUUGUGGAUAUUCCUUGACUUAACUUUCCUCAGUCCCAGGUGAGUGGUGUGUUCUCUGCCUAUACCAUAACAAUUUGUAACAGGUAAGGUCUUUAAACACGUUCCGGUGGAGGAAACAAUUGGCUACACGUUAACAUUUUAAGAUUCACAUCUUUCACUGUUUUUGGUUUGUUUGUUUUUUUUUUUUUUUUACUUUUGCAUUAUGACAAAAAUUAAGACAAAAUUAAGACCUUUUUAAUUAUGUUUUUGUGAAGGUUAUUUGUCCUUGGUAAGAACUUGGUCUGCCCUGUGAUUUCUAUAGCCAGGGAGCUUGAGAACUGCACAGAUUGAGAUGGCUUACUUGUUGUUUUCGUAAACAUUUCAUACUGACACAUUGCUGUGAAGGUUCUGUGGUGCCUGGGCAGACAUUUAGGAGUUAAACAUAGGAUUAAGUUUUUUUUUUUUUUUUUUUAGGCGUGCUGAAACUUGAAGGGUUAUUUGCCAAGUUCUCACCAUCCUAUGUCUCUGCAGACCAAUCAGAUUGAUGAUAUUAGAAUGGCAGUAGUUGUUAUAAAAUAUGCAUCACUCAGUACUGGCCCUGCUCCUCCUGCAAGGCAUUUCCUGUUUGAGAGGCUGUUAGUGGGCAGAUGGGAAGUGAUCCCUCCCAGUUCCUGUCGAGCCUCACACACAGACUCUGGAGUUUUACUUCUGUAACUGUUCCUGCAGGUCUGCUAUUAAGGCUUACUGGACUACAGAGGACACUGGUUAAGGCUUCUGGAACCUAUUUCUUCCCACCAGCCCACUCAAGCUUAACCCCUUAAGGACACAUGACAUGUGUGACAUAUCAUGAUUCCCUUUUAUUCCAGAAGUUAGGUCCUUAAGGGGUUAAAAAGGCACAUUAUAAGUGCUGAAAACAGGCGCCCCCUAGUGGUCAGGUGCCUACUCUGCCUAAAGGGAAACCAGCCCUGACAAUAUGCACUGUAAUUUUAGCAGUGAAACAAUUUCAGCUGGGCCUGACAAGGUGCCCUGUUCUUCUGGACUCUUUUGUGCUGCUACCUGGUUCAUCAGGUCAUCUGUAUGUGAACGAAACUCAAAACACAGAAUACUUUUUCUACCUGUCGAGGUCUCUUAGUUGUUUUCAUUUCCCUUAUCACCCAAUAUAGUCACAUUUGUCUCAUGACGCUCAGGAAAACACUCAGCGGGGAGUUUCAGAUUCAAUCUAAUGCCUCCCUCCUGAUGUCCUGUAGUUUACUUUGAAAUUCAGUUUUUUCUAGUUAUCGACUGAUAGAAUCCUACUAAAUUGAGUCCUGGCAGAGGAUUUGUGUGGUUUCGCAAACAUGUGCAACAUAAAAUGCUUUUUCCCUGCUUGGAUGAGUUGUUCAAUAGUUCAGUUUAAUUGAGCUUUAUAAAGUCAGGAACUGGGGCCAGGAGCCUUAAAGAUCCUUCCCCAAGCUCUGACGACACUCACCAGUUGAGAAUGUCUAGGUCUAUGGGUGGAAAAUUUGACAUUAAAAGUACCCCUUAUAAUCUGAUUUAUCUUAUGUAGUUAACACCUGAAAUAUACAGAUGAUUAUAAGUAUAUAUGUUCAGGCCGUCUAUCGUAGGUGAAACGUAAAGGAAAUUUGUGUCCCUCUCUGCCAUCAAUUUAGAUGUAAAUUAAUAGAAAGUAGGAAUAUGGAAACUGUCCUUGGGGCCAGAAAACCCUUAAUGUAGCACUUGGCUAUAAUUCUGGGAAAUGUACAUGGGUCAGAGAAUCUUAUGUUUAUUGCCAUUAGUCAUAGGCUUCCAUGCAGUAUCUCCGGGUUCCUUGCAUCUAACCGUUUUUUAUUUCUGUGAUUAAACCUUUAUCAGAAAUCACAAUUUGUGAAAGGAACAUAAGGGUAGUUCCAAUAAAGGAGUAAUAACCGCAAUACAUAUAGGCAUUAUGUGUACAUACUUCCAAAGUACAAGUGUCCAUAGUAGAAACAGAAAUGCAUAGAGUAACUCACAACAGGAGUUUGCGGACACAUAACAUACGGUCACAGAUAAGAGGGGAAAAAGGCAAGAAAAUACAUACAUGUAACUUCUCGCAAAACAGUCCAAGUACAGAACAUGCGUGAUAUAUGUUUAGACCGAUCUUGAGUGUGUAUUGGGUUUAACCGUUUGAUUGGAUCUGACCAUUUUGCAUACCUUUUCUACAAAUCGUUUCAAACAAUCUUUAUUUGGGAAGAUAACCCACAUUUCACAUACCAAUUAGUACACAUUGCUAAAAUAUCUGUUCAGUCAGACUGUGCCUGCUUGUGCUGAUUUGUGGUUAUCUUUCAGUCUUCCAAUGGCAACCUCGACAAGGUAACCUGUCCUCUAGUCUAUAGUAAUUAGGGACUUGCGUUAAUGGUGCAAUCUGAUUAUUAUGAAAAUAAAAUUAUGGUGCGGAAAUUGCAGUGCUACAAUGUAUUUAAAACUUGUGGCCAACUAGUAAAGUCUAUUACCUGUAUAGACCGAAAUUAACCCCCCCCUCCCCCUCCCCCCGAAAAAAAGUUAAUUCCUGGUAAUUCAAAUAUUCUAUUAAUGAAAGAAAUUAUACAAUCUGUAAUCAAACCUGUAGAAUAUAUAGCAUUUUUUAAACCUAUUUUAAUUAUUAAGAUUACACUUAUAACGCAAGGUAACUGUGUCUGUACUAGGUUGUGAAAUAUGUCUAACAAUUGUCUUGCGUAAAAGAAAUAUAAAUCCCUAGAUAGUAUUGUUUAAUUGACACUAAUUACAAAUCACAGUAUUAGAAAUGACUAGGUUGGACCAAUAAUCUCACUUUCCAAUGAUAAAGAUAAACACAUUUUUGUAAUGUAUAAUUUAUUUGAAAUCUAAUAGUAUCAUGCUUCCCAGUGUUAAAAACAAAGCGCUAUAUAUAUAUAUAUAUAUAUAUAUAUAUAUAUAAUUUAUUUUAAUUUAAUUUUAAUUUAAGAUUUCUUUAUUUCUUGGUUGAUAUUUUGCUAAAAUACAGGAAUUCUAAUAGACAAGCUAAAAUAAAAUGCAUCCGUUUGUUUAAGUCAGGGCCAGUGUAGAAACAUAUUCUGUAAAAAACAUUGGUAAGUAUUCAGACAAUAGAACUAGUAUUCUAGAAUUCUCAAAGCAUUGUGAGGUACAUUUGGUAGGCUUGUGAGGUCUGCGUUCUGUAGGAAACAUGACUGGGCAAAAUAAGUAUUGUAAGACCAUCCCGCUGUGCCCACACUGUGUGCACAUAGCGUAACACAACUGGAGUUGUGUAUACAGAUCAAACCUGGGGGGAGAAUAAAAGUGGAGCAGUCACCAUGGAAACUGGUGGAUUAUUCGUGAUAAUUGCUCCACUUUUAAAGCCACCAAAAAUUGCUAUUUUUAACUAACUCCCAUUGUAUACUUUCAACGAAUCUUUUUAUUACGUGUAUUCUUUUUUUUUUUUUUUUAUUCUUUAUUUAUAUUGACAAAGAUAGCAUAGACAGCUCAAGAGCAUUGCAUAGUUUGCAACAAUUAACACAUACAUUGUAUACAGGGUACAUCAUGUCUUCCAGAGCAUAGGCAUACAUUGGGUGGAGGGCUAAGUUCCGCCACCUUAACCCCUGCCACAUACGUUUUAGCUACUUAUUACGUGUAUUCUGCCCUACCAACUAGAGUAAACCAGCAAGACAUCACGGGACAUAUACAUACUCCAACACUGUUUCAAGUAAAAUCAUUUGGGUAAAUGCUCAAUUAUUUAUAUAUAAUCCCCACUGGGGAAACCUGAAACCUACCUUUCUGCUCUUUCUGAUAUGUUCUAUAGGAAAAUAGUGAUCGGUAAUGAGGCUUGCAGUGCACAUACUCCUACCCACAAACACCCUGAAACACUAUGCGGGCCAUAGUACAGUCGUUUAAUUUAUUCACACCAAGCCUGUAGUGUAAAAUUCAAGAAUCUCUCUGACAAAUGAGAAUAAUAUAUUGUGCAUAGCUGAAAUCUUCGGUUCGUCAGGAUGAAAGUUAAUUUUAGUUUUGUCCGAAACAAAUUUCAUCCAUUCGGCUAUUUCAGAUUAAAUUCAGUUUGGGAUUUCUGUUCAGACCUAUGAAUUGACCCGAUCACCAUCAAAUCAUGGUGUUUUAGAUAACUAGAUGUUUUCAGUUUGGAACGCUUAAAUCGGAUUGCCACAUUUAAAGAUGCCAAAUAAGGGAGCUAUCUACUAAACACAACUCCAUAACUUGGUGCUCUUAAAUCUGGUGAUUCCACAUAAGGGUCCCAAUUUUUUGAAAAUAUCCAAAUGAACUAAUUGUGCAUUUUGUUCUCAUUGGUUCAUUCUUCCAUUUUGUGGUUUGGUGAUUUGUUAUUUGAACGAAUGGCCGAUUGAACCUUUUUGAACCUCCAAGUUGCGCUUUGUUCAAAAUGUCUAAUAAAUACAGGGCUCAAAAUUUACACUAGCCAUUAGCGAGUAAAAAUUCACCCCUUAGGAGUGUGCCAUAGAUUCUCAAGGCUUCCAGUGCCAACUAACUUUUAAAGCCUGGCUAGUAGUGUAGGACUUGAAAACCACCACACCUUUGCCUAGUUACAAAAUAUAUUAAAAGGGCUUUAAAUAUCAACAGACCUGUAUGAAAUAGCAAACUAACCAAAUUUGAAAUCUGAAUUGUAACAUUCAGGUAAAAUAGCUGAUUUGAAAAAUCCUCAAAUCUACGAUCGCCACAAGCUGGCUGUUAUUGGCCAUGUUUUGCCAUUUAGAUUUCAAUUCACAUGAAAUUGGAGUUAAGUAAAUAAGCCGCCAGAACUGAUUUGCAGUUCCCUCAAUCUGACCUUUGUAACCAGAGAACUUCUCAUUCCCUUUAUUUAUAUUUAUUAUUUCUGAGGUGGGGAUACAGAUUAUUAACAGGGGAACUGUUAGGGCACAGUAUAUUGAGAGAUUAAUGGGACGAAGGAUUGGGGACUGAUUAUAACGUCAGACCUCCAUCCACAGUCCAGAGGAUGACAUAAGAAGCAGGUGUAUCAUUCCAUGAUACAGAGCAUCUCGUAAAUAUCAUUCCAUGAUACAGGAUAUACAGUGCUGCCGUGAGAUACAGUGCAUCUCGUAAAUAUCAUUCCAUGAUACAGUGCAUCUCGUAAAUAUCAUUCCAUUAUACAGGAUAUACAGUGCUGUCGUGAGAUACAGUGCAUCUCGUAAAUAUCAUUCCAUGAUAGAGCAUCUCGUAAAUAUCAUUCAAUUAUACAGUGUAUACAGUGCUGCUGUGAGAUACAAAGCAUCUCGUAAAUAUCAUUCCAUGAUACAGUGUAUACAGUUCUGCCGUGAGAUAUAGAGCAUCUCGUAAAUAUCAUUCCAUUAUACAGUGUAUACAGAUCUGCCGUGAGAUACAGAGCAUCUCGUAAAUAUCAUUCCACUAUACAGUGUAUACAGUUCUGCUGUGAGAUACAGAGCAUCUCGUAAAUAUCAUUCCAUGAUACAGAGCAUCUCGUAAAGCGGCUUCAUGUCACUUGUCCUGUGGGUGUAAACGACUUUGCUAUAAUCUUCCAGGCUUACAAGGCUUCAUUAGCAGGACAGCGCAUUCCUCAUUUAUUUUAACAAGCUCUAAUCCAUCCCUGCUAAUUGGGAUGCCUGCCAAAUGAAUCCUGUUUCCUCUAAACAUGUGAAAAAGCUAGGACCCCUCUUUUUAAGAAUUUUUUUUAUAUCAAUCACAGCUUGGUUAUUUUAGCUAAAAAUAAAUACAUUUGGAUUACGUUCAGUACAGUUUGUAGUUUACCAAACCAUCAUUGGCGGCAAUGUGUAAAUCAUAGCACAUUAAAUAGUGAGUGCUUAUAUUUUUACAACACUGGACACCAUGAAACUAUUGCAGGUAUCAAACACAUGCAGACAUAAUUAUAUCCACUAAAUCCCUUCAAGCAAUUAAUUGGCAAAGCACUGCACUGCUUAAGCUUCCUGCACUUAAGUGUUGAUUCAGUAUUCGCAGUGGUCUCCAAAUUAGUUUUUCAUUGAAUUUUUUUUUUUUUUUUUCUCUCCCUUAGGCCGAGUCGAAUGUUCAGAAGGCUUCAGUGGAUGCAGCACGUACCACUCACCAACUGGAAGAGGUCAUUGACACGUUUCAACAACAGAAAAUCAAAGAUGUCCAGGUGAUUGUUAAAAAGAGAGAGUUUUCGUCCCAGAUCGAAAUUACUGCGUAGCUUUUUAACUUGAAUUUAAGUGUUUUUUGUAUUUCUUCAUUUGACGUAGAUUCAGCCUGAUAAGAUGUGAAAAAGGAGUAAAAUAAAUAAAUAGAAAGGUUCCCUUAUUGAAAAAAAUAUCAUUUCUAAAUAAUAAGUAGCAUCUAAACAGAAUAGCUUUUGGUACGUGUAUAAUUGGGAAGGGCUAACUCUGAAUUGUCCAAGUUAACAAAAACAUUAUCAUCAAUCAAUACACCAAACGAGCAUUCUAAUCAUCAUUUCAGCUUAUUUUAGUUGUGAGGGUGAAAGGAGUCUGUCCAGAUUUUGUCUUAAAGGGACACUGUAGGCAUCAUAACAGCUGUCCUUACAUUGAGCAUUAAGACAAAAAUUUUCAUAACGUUUUAAUGCUAAACAAAAUUCGGAAGCAAACCAUCCUUCUCUGUGCUGCUUGGGCUAAUGAGAAAGCAUUACACUGAACAGUAAUGAUCGGCUGUGAUAGGCUGAAUGUCAAUCAGCCAACACUCAGUAAAUUACAGGGCAAUUUCAGGUAUGAAUCGGUAUAGCUACAAGGAAGUAGUAAUUGCUGCCUUAGCCACACCUCCAGUAGGGGUGGGGCUAUAAGGAGCCAUGGACCCUCAUUCAGCGUUAAACUGUUCUAAAAUGGUUUAACACUGAAUGGAGGGACAGCCCCAGGGACUCCAGGUCCUAUAUCUACUUCAAUGAGAUAAAAUGCUUAUUGUGAUCAGUGUCCCUUUAACAUUUUGUGGGCUGUUUGACAAGGACUGCAGUUCUUCCAGCACCCAAAGCCCGGUCGCUAUGCUGCUGACAAGAAAAUGCAGACGUUUAAUUUGGACAUUAUGUUUACAAACCAUACAAAUCUGGACAGCUGUGAACGAUGAGCCAAGCUACCCCAGCACACACGGCCCAUUAUUACUCUCCAGAUUUGAAUGGGUUUGUGCGAAUAAUGAUCCACUAAUUUAUGAUGGUGUACAGCGAUACUUCUAUACAUUUUAAGAUGCUGAUUUUAACUUUAGAUAAAAGAAUACAUCUGCCUUGUGAUGAAACUGACUAAAUCCUCCAUCACAACUUCCCUCAUUGACUGCCAGGUUCCUUGCUCCUUGAGGUUAUUUCUUGUUCCACUCAUUUAUACACCAAGAUUAGUUUUAAAUUGUACAACAGAGAUGUCUAACUGUAGCUGUGGUUAUCAUUGUUUGAGGAAUCAGACAACCUGGAGCAUUUGUCUGAUAGCCCCAUGUGUCACUGCUGAUUCACAUCGGACUCUAAUGAAGAAGUGAUUUUGUUCUUUGUCCGGUGGCUUGUCUAACUCUCAGGAGCAAACAGUAAACUGAAACCAGAUAUGUCUCACGGUAAACCAUAUCACAUUACAUUAGAUGAGAGUCAGUGGGAGGUAUUUAAAGCUUUGGAGGGAGAGGAAUGUUCAGAUGAAUAAGGAAAAGGAUAAAUACUGGGAAUGGGUAUCAAAGUGGGAACACAAUGCAUAUGUAAGAAAUCAAGACUCUUUUAAAAAAAUAUAUUAUAGGAUAACCACAUCCAGCUCAGUGAUGUUGUUAAAUGGACACUUUAAACACAGACCGUAAGGCCUGGGGUUGUUAAAACUAAACUUAGUCCAGGUUCUAUUGGAGGUCUCUCCGAUUACACUUAAUGCUCCCCUCUCUCUUUAAGCCCCUAACCCGGUAAACGUUUCCAGGAUUCACUGUGUCUAUUUCUGCAGGUCAUGCACAUUAUUGCUACAAAAACUGUAUAGACAAAUACGUUCACGAAGUAAUGUGGUUCACGUUCUUGUUAAAGGCUUUUUGCCCCAAGUUAGUCCUGUCUGAUGCCACUGGGCAGAUACCUGCUCAAUCCCAUGACCUAUUUGAGAUCCAGCCACUUGAUAUCGCUAAGCCUAUUUCAGUCAUCUCUGGAGCACACAGUCCACUUUAGACCACUUGCUUAAUUUCGGACCACUUUGCCUGUUUCGUAUUUCAUUGUUCUUCUCUCCUUUCUGUUCCUGUGGGCAUUCUCUAGAUCUCUGCUUCCAACUAGGUACCAGCUUAAUCCCAUUACAAAUGGUUUAAUUUUAAGGUGUGUUUUAGGGAUGAAAAAUAGACAAUUCUCAGUAAAUAUAUGUUAACAUGCAUUACUCACUGUAAUCAGCAGAUCGUUUCUCCAUUUUAUGCCCUUAAACUAUAGGAUAUGUACCUGUGGAAGGGUAGUAGCACAUUGUGUUUUUGUUUCGUUAUUGUGGGUUUUUGUUUGUGUGUUUUCGUUCAGGAACCACUGGCUUUUAUCAAUGUUUGUGUAAACGGCUAUCAGACAUUUUAAUGCUUUUUCACUCCUUGUCCUUUUCCAGAAAAUAUUCUCUGACUUCCUUACGGUUGAGAUGAUUUUCCAUGCGAGGGCCCUGGAGGUGUAUACGAGUGCUUUCCACCGCCUGCAGGAGUGCGACCUGGAGAAAGACAUGGAGGUAAAACCUCUAACUGGCACAGCAGUGGAUCAAUAAAUCUAUUCCCAUCCUUGGUGGCAUGAAAUCACGUACCUUUAAAUUGCUGCAAUUCAAAGUUCCCUCUGUAAAUGGAUGACGCAAUUACUCUACAUUUGUAUGAAUGGAGCGUUAUUAAACUGCCGCGAGGAGUUCAGGAGGUUUAGUGUUGUUGUAGCUUUUUAGGAGUCUUUUGGUUAGGGGCCCUAGAGUUUAAGAGGGACUUAUGGUAAGUGUAUCAGACUUCAAACUGCUGCAUAGUGUAACUUCUGUGAUUCUGAGAGUGAUUAGUUAUGAGUUACAAACAGUCCUUCAGCACCAUCUGGAAUAUAAAUAUAACUUUUUAAAUUUUUUACUGUGCAGGACUUUCGGGCAAAAAUUCAUAUUGACACAGGCACACAGGAUGCCAGAUCUUUCCGUGCUACAAACCUUUCCUCUAAUGCCACGUGGCAGGCCAGCAAUAUGGUAAGUGAUCUUAUGUUGCAUGAUGUGUACAUAUAACCCAAGGUAGGAUGGCUGACUUUAGAAGUAUUUUUUUUUUCUUUACAUGUAAGCAGACUCUGAUAAAGAAUUGCAUUGUUCUAAAGCAUAUUGCGAAUAUGAUGGAACAACUUUUACCUUAUGGUUCCCUCUUUCAGAUGGUUAUCUAAGGCUUGGUCACAAAGUCAAUGAAGUUCCAUUGGAUCACUAUAGGGUCAGGAACACCCUAAACCGACCAUUUAGGUGGCUUGCCCCCCCCCCCAUAGGGAAAACAUUGGAUUGGCUAAAAUCGGUACAGGGCAGGACCAAUCAGGACCUCCUCAUAGAGAUGCAUUGAAUCAAUGCAUGUCUAUGAGGAAAGUUCAGCGUCUCCAUGCAGAACGUGGGGACGCUGAACGGCAGGGCUGCUUACUGUGCAGCCCGGAGCCAGGAAGCCCCUCCAGUGGCCAUCUAAGGAGUGGCCAAUUGGAGGUGUCCCUAGGGGCAAUGUAAACACUGCCUUUUCUCUGAAAAGACAGUGUUUGCAUAAAAAUGUCUGAAGGGAACUAUUAUACUCACCAGAACAAAUACAUUAAGCAGUAGUUGUUCUGGUGACUAUAGUGUCCCUUUAAGCUCUUCUACAUUUCUCAAGACUCACUACGUAUAAUUUGAAUGUCCUCCGCCAUUAUCGUUGCAGGACAGAAGAAUACAAUUAACAUUCCAAAUUUGUAUCCAUGAUCUAAAUAACCUUAAAACACAACACAGUUUAAACCCCCAACCAUAAAAGUGUAGGCAUAUUGAUAAAUUAUUGUAUAAACAAAUUAUGCUAUAAAUAAUACAUAAUAGCAGGGGCGGGACCGGGCGGCCAUGCCAACAGGCUGCAAACCACUUGAGCUCCCGAGGAAAAAGCAAAAACUAGGGUAUAUACCCACCUUACCCUUCUUGUACCGACCUGGGGGUCCAUGACACGAAGCUCUGGAGUGUCCCGGUGUAGCUGGAGUGCCCGACGAUGGGUGGCUCUAGGUCCUGGUGAGAGACUCUGGGGCUUGGAGAUGGAGGCCUACACGGGCAGGGAGUGGGGCGGACGACCGCUGCCUCACUCUUCGUCCCGACCACAGCGAACUAUCAUCUGACUGGCGCCUUCCUGGUCCAGCCCCCUCCCCCCCCCGCAUGCUGUUAUAUAUCUCUUUGAACUGCAAAAAAUAAAUAAUACAUAAAUAAGUCAAAUUAAAAACUAAUAGGUUACAGCCUGCUGAACAUACUCAGGUGAUCUUACUCGGAAGGGGGGCGGGGGGGAAGACCUACAUUCUCAUUAUAGCAAACAAAUUCCCCUUCCCCCCCCCCCUUUUUUUAUUUAGUUUGAAAGCUCACUAUAGUUGGUGUUAAAAGUUGGUAACAGCCUCCUGUUACAGUGAUACCUUGUGGAUUAUGUCUAAAGACCAAUUCUGGUUCAAAGUUCUAAAAAUGGAGCAGCCACCAUGGACCAUUUUCCCAUUGGCAUAGUCGCUUCUGUGCUUCUUACAAGGACUAGUUUUACCAUUCAGGGGGUACUUGAUUUUAUUGGACAUGACUGGCCAGAGGACUUUGCUGGGACCUUGCUGUUUGUACUGUAUCACUAAGCUACUUCAGUUUGCUUGCCAUCCUUGUACUAAACCAACCUGCUUUGGAUUACCCUGCAUAAUUCUCUAAGUAGCAGAGGGCCUCCGUCUUUAUUGUAUUACACCAAUAGGGUCAAACAUCACUUAGCAGGGGGCGACUUAUAAGAUAUUAAUCUCUCAUUAAAUUAUCUAAUCUGACUUGCGGUUCCUUCCAAGCAGAGACCUCGUCCAUUUCCUCACUGCAGCAGCAGAUUGAUUAAUAAAAACCACUGACAUUUCCUCCAGUCUCAACACUCGCACUUUAAAAAGUCCCCCUGCAAGAAUCUCAAUAAACUUCUCUGCAUGCACGGCCCUCGCGUGAUUCACCGCUCCGGUAAAUGAGAAGGGUUUCAGGAAAUUAAAAAUGUGAUUGUAAGAAUUGAUUCCUUGUCAUACGACUUAGUGGCUGAAUCUUUUAAAAAAAAUAAAUAAAAUAGACCGGUGUGAGAGGGAGGCUUGCAUUCGAUUCUGGUAAUCUAGAAAUGAAUUGCCUGCUGCUUCCAAUUACCACUCUCAUACUGAGAACAGUGUCAGUGGGAUACGAAAGAAGGAAACCUACAGCUUUGCAGCGUUCCGUAUUAAGAAGGAACACAAUCGUCAUCUACUCUCUGGUAUAAUACAAAUGUACAAAUAUAAAAUUGCGUGUGCGCGAGACACACAUCAUAAAUUGUACGAGAGAUGGUACCUGCGUAGCUGCGUUAUUGAUCUAUGUCUUUGACCGAUAGGCAAAUAUGCACAUUCCCCCCUUCUGCAGGCCGUAUACAUUAUUGCUACAAAAACUGUACAGACCAAUGCAUUCAUGAAGUAAUGUGGUCCAUGUUCUUUUUAAAGGGAUCUAUUAAACGCUACUAAAGCUCUGAUCCCUAAAUAUUAGAGACAAACCGUUGCCCCAUCUGUAAGUGAAUGGAUUUCCAGGAUAGAGUGCAUCCAAUGCACAUUUAUUUAAUUAUUGAUUACUGGUAUUUAUAAAGUGUCAACAUAUUCCGCAGCACUGUACAAUUUGGGGAAAAAAAGACAAUACAAUAUAAACCGACCAAUACAAAAGGUUGAGGACCCUGCCCGUGAGCUUACAAUCUAAAGAUUAAAACGGGGAGAUGAGACCAGAGGUAGCAGGAAUUUUGAGAUGAUGGCAGAGAUAAUUAAGUGCAGUAACUGAUAACUUGAAUGGAAUGAGGAGGUGAUUGACUAGGAUUGUGACUGUUACAGAGCACGAGAUACACUCAGAUUUGGCAAUCAUGGAUCACAUAUUUAGGUGGGAUGCAGUCAUCGCAGUCGGACACCUCUGACGUUACAUAGGGAUAUUUUCUAUGUUCUAAUUCAUUCUGAUAAAAACGUAUUGAGAACAUGGUCAUACCCUCCUUUAAACAAUUUCUAUAGAGUGGGUGUUUAUUUACUGAGUCGACACUAAGACAGAAUUCAUGACUGCAUGUUUCAGCAUUGUGUGCCAUGGUUAGGUUACUAUUCAUACUAUGAUUUUGUUAUAUUUUAGUGAAUCUCUCAUACGCAUCUUACAACUGCAAAACACUGACUAUGUAUGGGUAGAUUCUAGGAUGUUUAAUCUUGUACUAUUAUGAUUUAAAUUACUGUUACAUGUAAUGCAAUGUCAAUUAGGAUGUCAUUUUGAAAUGACGUUGAAUUAUCCUAUACAGCUACCGGUGUAAUGUGAUAAUCUUCUAAAUAAAUACCAAAUAUAAAAAAUACAAAAUAAUGCACUGUGUGUUUGAGGAUGAACAGACAUUUGUGGUGAUAAAUGUAGUCAGCAUUGAGACUGUGAGUCCAUCUAGUGGUACAAUAGGCAGUGAAAUAUGGAUUAUGAGAAACUAGCAGGGUUAUCUACUAAAGGGAAUUCAAAGUGAAUUUUAAAUGUAAGGCCAGAGUAGCUGCAUGGAAACCAUGGCUGACUUAGAUAAUUUUUCCAAUUCUGCUAUUUUGACUUUAAAUUUGAAAUCCACCUAUAAGUCUCAUUUUAGUGCAUAGCGCUAUAUGUUUGAGCUGCCAGAUGCAGGAAUUAUCACAUGUGAUGUUUGUUUCAGAGUUUCCAGAGUACGCUUCAGAGACCGCCACAGCCACAGGUACAGGAGGACAGUGAUGAAGACUCUGAGGACGAAGAAGAGGAGGAGGAGGAGGAAAUACAGCAGGAUUUGAGAAGCCCAUAUUCGAGGGUGCGAAAAUAA